CUGGCUGCGGGCUGGCUUCCGCUUCCGGGUGACGAUUCUCUGUGGCGCGCUGUUGAAGCUGAGCGGUCGCCAUGGAGCUUUCUGGCGAGUACGUCGGUGGUGACGGGGAGCCGCAGCGGCUACAAGUGUCCUGUGAAGCGUCGAGCGACGCGGACCCUCUCCAGAGCCUGUCGGCGGGCGUGGUCCGCAUGAAGGAGUUGGUAGCGGAGUUCUUCGGGACCCUAGUGGAGCAGGACGCACAGGGCGUGGCGGAAGAUCCGGAGGACGCUUUGGAUGGUGAUGAAGAUGAUGCAGAAGAUGAAAAUAACUCUGGUAGAACUAACUCAGAUGGACCAUCUGCAAAACGACCUAAACCAACUUCUUAACACAGCUCUUAAGACAUUCAGACUGCUACCAGGCUGAGUGAGAUGAUGUGUACUUGUAAUCCCAGUUCGUUCAAAGGCUGAGGCAGUAUAAUCAAAGUUUGGAGGCCAACUUGUGUGCUACAUGCCAAGACCAUGCCUCAAAAAAAAAAAAAAAAAAAAAGGCCCAGGACAGCAGGGCAAUGCUAUCCUCAUCACUGGAAUUACAGAAGACCUGUGCUCUAGCUGGGAAAUUCAUUUUCUUUCACUGGAACAUCACAGAGCAAACUUUCUUGUUCCUAACAGAGUACAAGUGUUUGGGAAUGAACUGUUGUCUCAUCCUAAAAUAAAAUGAAACCGCUCACAGUGAAUGAACUCUAAAUUGGCAAAUGAAUUUUUAUGUUUGUUUUUCUCUUUUAAAAUGCUCAUUGAAUCAAGUGGUGUAUGUCUACAUCUUUCAGUGUUUAUAAAAGCUGCUUGUUGUAGUUCAUAGGCAAUUAAUAUUUGAAAGAAUUGAUAAGAAAUAUGACUUGUGUGUGUAUAUAUACAUCUGUACAAGUAUAGAUGUAAGGCCCAAGUCAAUAAAAUAUAUUGGUUGUAACUUA